AUGGUCUUGUCUACUUCAUUUGUUUCCCUCGCUCUUGCAUUGGGGGCGUUUGCUUCCAUUGGCCCCGUGGCGGACUUGGACAUUGUCAACGUUGAGUUGGCCCCCGACGGCUUCAACCGCAGUACUGUUGUCGCAGCCGGUGGCUUCCCUGGCCCCUUGAUCAAAGGCAACAAGGGUGACCAGUUCAAGAUCAACGUGACUGACAGUUUGACUGACAGCACUAUGCGUCGGAGCACAUCUAUUCAUUGGCACGGAUUGUUCCAACACACUACCACCUGGGCCGAUGGCGUCUCCUUCGUCAGCCAAUGCCCAAUCGCCCCAGGCAGCUCGUUCUUGUAUGACUUCAGCGCAUCAGACCAAGCUGGUACAUUCUGGUACCACUCCCACUUGUCGACUCAGUACUGUGAUGGCUUGAGGGGUCCGCUCGUCAUCUAUGAUCCCAGUGACCCUCAUGCUAGCUUGUAUGAUGUUGACGAUGAGUCGACAGUCAUCACCCUCGCUGAUUGGUACCAUACACCUGCCCCCUCCGCAGGUCUCGUCCCAACAGCCGAUGCGACCUUGAUUAACGGCCUUGGUCGUUACGCUGACGGUCCGGCUUCGGAUUUGGCUGUCAUCACCGUCGAGUCUGGCAAGCGCUACCGCUUCCGGCUGAUCAACAUCUCCUGCGACCCCAACUACACUUUCAGUAUUGAUGGCCAUAACAUGACCAUCAUUGAAGCGGACGGCAUCAACACCCAGGCUCUAGUCGUUGAUCAGCUCCAGAUUUUCGCUAGCCAGCGUUACUCGAUCAUUAUCGAAGCUAACCAGGCUGUCGAUAACUAUUGGAUCCGCGCGGAACCCAAUUUGGGUACGACUACGUUCGAUGGUGGUCUCAACAUGGCUAUCCUUCGCUACAGCGGUGCCAACACGACCGACCCUACUACCAACCAGACCACUAGUGUCAUUCCUCUUGCACAGACCGACCUCCAUCCCCUCGACACUACCUUCACUGUUCCGGGUGAACCGAGCCAGGGAGGCGCUGAUAUUAACAUUAACCUUCAAGCUGUCUUCAACUUCACGCUCCUCCAGUUCACUGUCAACGGCGUUCCCUUCGAGUCUCCCAGCGUCCCCGUCCUUCUACAGAUUCUCAGCGGUGCCCAGGCAGCGACUGACCUUCUCCCUGCCGGUAGCGUCUAUGGUCUCGCCCCGAAUAAAUCUGUAGAGAUUUCCAUCCCCGGUGGUGCUGUCGGUGGUGGUCACCCGAUCCACUUGCAUGGGCAUGCUUUCGAUGUCGUUCGCAGUGCUGGCAGCGACACGUACAACUACGUUAACCCUGUUCGCCGCGACACCGUCAACAUUGGUACUACUGGCGAUAACGUCACUAUCCGCUUCACUACCGACAACCCCGGCCCCUGGUUCAUCCACUGCCACAUCGACUGGCAUCUUGAGGCCGGCUUUGCCGUCGUCAUGGCUGAAGACCUUGGCGAUACCAACACCACCCUCAGCUCCACCCUCACCACCGAGUGGAACAACCUCUGCCCCACCUACGACGCGCUUGACUCUGGUCUCCAGUAAUCGGCGCGCUAUGUAUCCUGCCCCCAUCAUCGCAUCUCUCACGCAUUGUAAAAAUACAUGCAACUCAAACCGUUUAUGCGGUCACUCUCUUGCGCUCACUAUUGUCUGUCGUUUGUUCAUACCCCUUCGAUUUCUUUUGGUGUAAUAGGCCUGGUUCGUGUUGGCUAGAGGCGCGGGUCUUGGCUGUCUUGGUUUUCGUUUCUAUUGCAUAAAUUAUAUUAUUGAAGUGGAUAUCCAAUCAAAAGACCGUCUCUUAUCU